ACUUACAACUCAAUACUUUUACCCGAUAUGAUCCAUCUUAUCAUUGCUUACACGACUCACCGGUACUGGUACUACAACAUCAUGUGAGACCGAGACUCUAGUUUGAUUCUGCUUCCUUCUUGUAUGCUUAGAAAAUUCACAAGAGAACAGGAAAAACGAGAGAAAGUAAUAAUCAUCACCUAUUGAUUUACGGCACCAAACAAGAUCACUUUGAGUAGCAUGGGCGGAUACCACAACUCCUAGCUGUUCCUCUCAACGAGAGAGAGAGAGAAAGAGAGCUGCCAAAAAGAGCACGCGAAGGUCAAAAUAGGUGUCCCUUUACGUAGUCAUUCCAACGAAUAGAUCAACACGGAGAGAUACUUGAUGUCAACAUACGGAUGACCCCUACUCAAUCUCCCUUGACUUUGAAUUUGAUGACUUACCCCACGGGCAUAGGAGUCCUUGAUUUCCCUUUUGCUUUUUCCAAGGCUUCAUUGAAGUGUAGUGAAACUGAUUUUGUCUUCGUAUUGAACAAAUAUUGCUGGUUCAAAAUUUUGUUUGAGCUUCUACAAGAUCAGAGGAUUAUUUGUUUGAGUUAUCAACUGAGAGCAGAAAAGACCGACUACAUUAAAGAAGAAAAAGAAUAUUUCGAAGAACAUAAGAAGACUUACUCUGUUACUCCUCAGGUUCUCUGAAAAAAUAAGUACUUGUCAUCGUGAUUCUCGCCCGCAACGAAAAGUACUCCACGCUUGUUCCCAUCGACAACGCAAGGGGCUUCCCUUCGACAAAAAUGUUCGUUCUGCAUUCACAGGGUUCAUCCUCCUCCUCAUCAUCAAGAGGAUCGUCAUCAAGAGGAAGGAACUCCGUCACCUUCACGAAGAGAAGGUCGUCCUGUCUGCUAGCUGCCUCUUACUGGUUCACAAAUAACCCAGCAAGAACGACUAUCUUCGGAGUGUCAGCAGAAGCAGUGGUCGCAGAUGGAACGAAAUCCACUACUUUAGAAACUUCCGGUAGCUGCGUUCUAUCUGCCAGGAGAUGUGAACGAUUUCCCCGAUUUGAAAACCGGCAAUUCCGUGACACACUGGGAGAGGCGCAUCUCGGAGUUAACGAUGCAGGGUCUAACUGCAUCCGCAGAGCUGAGGAUUUUCAUCACUGGUGCGGAAAUGGACGAGAAAACCCUAAAGCAAGUGUCGCUGCAACGUAUACACCGACUGGAUUGAGUCAGGUUAGCACUUACAACUAAGUACUGGUUCAAUCAUUUAUGAUGGUCAAGUUGUAGGACGAGUAGGUACAGUCUGCAGUCCCGCGGUUUUCUCAUGAUAUCUUCAAUCGGUGCUCCGCAAGCUCAUGCUUAUGUAAGCAAUCCGAACGACCAAAACCUCCCAGUACCUCCCAUAUUUUGACAUCAGGUCUACCACCCAACCGCAUGCCCCUUUGGAUGGUCGUUGUACCAUAAGAAUUGCUAUGUGCACGUUUGGCGUGCCAAGACGUGGUGGGAAGCUGAGGCAUGGUGCCAGGAGCACGGAGCAAAUCUAUGCAGUAUUCAUGGGAAAGAGGAGAAUGAGUUCGUUUUCACGCUGACGAAAGGUAUUUUGCUACAAAGAACAUCUACUAGAUUCUAGAAUAGUUGUAUCAGAUGAGGUGUUGUUACGACGGUCGUUUAUUUGAAGAUUCCGCUCCUAACAAACAUAUUUAUUAGAACUAUCAACAUAAGUCAUACUCAACACCACCAACAUCAGUGCUGUGAAGCGAAGUCCACAUGCCUUGUUACCGGCACGUAAGCAUCAGCAUACUUUCGCCCAUCAGGUCUCUCUUCCUGGAUCGGGUACCACGACACUGAUCAAGAUCAAGAAUACACAUGGACCGACAACACGAAAACCGACUAUGAAAACAAGGCCAAGAAUUGUACUGGGCGUGAAACCGAGCCCGACUGUGCGCCAAAAGAAACUGCCCAGCAGUGGUACGACUGGCAAGGGGAGGAUAGAGGUACUUGUUGCUGUUUUUAGUUUGAUUUCCCAUCAGUAGGUCGUGCUGCCGUGUACUUGAUGUACCACAUUUUCAUUUAAAGAAAAACAGUCGGUUCGUUUUCCCUCUUAGACUAGGAGUAUCCCUACAUGCAACACAUUUAAAGCCACAAAAUCAAAAUGGUUGUCAGCAUGAACAACGGCAAAGAGUCCCUCGAAAACCAUGAAACCAUCUCCAUACAAGAUCAAAACAAAAAGGUACUUGGGUCUGCAAAAAACAAGCCAAAUGGGCUGUUGGUUUGAUGCGUAACACCACGUCCUUACAGCAGCUAGCGACCAUGGACUGGGAAGAGCUCAAGCGUCCGUGGCCAGAACAGGCUGUUAGACUCGAAAUCCAGCGUUCAGAGGAUGAUGAAGACUACGAGGAAGCUCUGGAAGAGGAACAAGGGCUGAAGGAUCAAAUGAAGAAGGGUAGUUCAUCUGGGGAAGGGGAAGGAGCUCUGUUGAAGGGGCCUGGAGCAGCUGUUCCGACAAGAUCGACGCUUGCGAGCGAUGCAUGCGCAGCCGAUUCAACUAACUGCAUUAAAGUGUGAAAACGAAAAGACUGUCUACUACAGGGUUUCAACAUUUUAGGUGGUCCGAACCUACCCCCUGGGAUAUUCGGGAACAACAUUGAAGACAGCUACUUCUUUGUGUACUUUUUAGCCUAUAAUUAAGAGGGGCACAUGAAUUACAAAGAUCCCCAUUCAUUACAAUAAGAGAUGCCUCAUUCACAUGUUGUGCAGGGACGUGGACGUCCUGUUUGUCGCGAUUGAUCGCCGAGCAGCAAUUAUGAAACAACUAUUUCAUUUUCGUUGAUGCCCGUCGCUGAUUUCGCUAUCUACUUAAAUGAACGACGCGUCCUAGUACAUUUGGCAUGCAACAGUUCUUGAACCACGCAUGCUUCUAUUAUAGGUAUUAAGGAGCGCAAGAAAAAAAGCAAGAUAGAUGAAGAAUG